GGCGCGUGCCGGCGGCGGAAGCGGAGCGAGCGGCCUCUCCCUCCCUCCCUCCCUCCGUGCGGGGACCCGACCCCCCGGGCGGCAGCCGGGAGGAUGCGCUGCCGCCUCCCGGUCGGGGCAGGCAGAAGGGGGAGACGAUGAGGAGGCCGCCCCGCCGGCUCCUGGCCCUGGGCUCCUGCCUCGUCUUCUGCCUCCUGCUGUGGCUUCCUAGCUGGCAUGUCUUUUGUAAAGAGAGUUCUUCACCUACAUUACAGUACUCGCCAGAUAAUUGUGCCCUGGCAAAUGAGGAUGAGAACAUCCAGGAAAAGGAGGAAACAGGCAGACCCAUUGGAACUCAAUCAUUGGAACAUGUGGACUCAAGUAUACAGAGUUAUCCCAGAGAAGAUGUAUUUGACUAUACAAAAUAUGACCAGAUUACAGAAAUGGGGGAAUUAAGUCUGCCUGAGGUUGAGACACCACUGCCUUCAGUAGACUUAAACAAAGCUGCUUCUAGUAUAGCUGCAAGCAUUGAAAACACUUCCAGUCCAUCUACCUCAGAGAUCUCUCCAGUCUCGCAUCCUGAUGCAAUAGAAAAUUCCAGUGCUGAUAUUCCCGUAGUCAGCUCUAGUGAAGCUGAGCAGUCAGAACCUGACUGUGAUAUUGGUGGGGCACUUGAGGCUGACCCUCAGAGUGAGCCUUCCUCUUUUGUCAGUCCACCAGAGGGCCUUGUGGGUCAACAUAUAGAAAAUAUCUCCUCUUCACAUGGCAAAGGAAAGAAGACUAAAUCGGAGUUUGAAUCAAAAGUUUCAGCAACUGAGAAAAGUGCAGAUGAGCAGAAAUCUGCUUUGAAUGCUUCAGAUAACUUAAAACGGGAGAAAGAUUAUAAAGCAGGAGAAGUUGACCCAAAGGAUCCAGGAGACAUUCCAACAUUUGAUGAAUGGAAGAAGCAGGUUAUGGAAGUAGAAAAAGAAAAGAGUCAGUCAAUGCACCCAUCUUCUAAUGGUGGACAGCAUUCCACAAAAAAGGUCCAGAAAAACAGAAAUAAUUAUGCCUCGGUAGAGUGUGGUGCAAAAAUACUGGCAGCAAAUCCAGAAGCAAAGAGUACAUCAGCUAUUCUAAUGGAAAACAUGGAUCUCUACAUGCUGAAUCCAUGCAGUACUAAAAUCUGGUUUGUUAUUGAGCUCUGUGAACCAAUUCAAGUAAAGCAACUUGACAUUGCAAAUCAUGAAUUAUUCUCCUCUACUCCUAAGGAUUUUCUGGUGUCCAUUAGUGACAGGUACCCAACGAGCAAGUGGAUUAAACUGGGUACUUUUCAUGCUAGAGAUGAGAGGAAUGUCCAGAGCUUUCCUUUGGAUGAACAGAUGUACGCAAAAUACGUUAAGAUGUUCAUCAAAUACAUAAAGGUGGAGUUGGUGUCACAUUUUGGAUCAGAACAUUUUUGUCCUCUAAGCCUUAUAAGAGUGUUCGGCACUAGCAUGGUUGAAGAAUAUGAAGAAAUUGCUGAUUCCCAGUAUCAGUCAGAACGCCAAGAGCUGUUUGAUGAAGACUACGAUUAUCCAUUGGAUUACAAUACGGGGGAAGAGAAAUCUUCAAAAAAUCUCCUUGGCUCUGCUACAAAUGCCAUUCUAAAUAUGGUAAACAUUGCUGCUAAUAUACUUGGAGCAAAAACUGAAGAGAUUUCUGAAGCUGAAGGAAAUAAGAGUCUCUCUGAAAAUACCACUGCCAUCAAUGCUACUUUGACAGCUGUGCCAAAACUGCCUGAACCAACACCUGUUCCUUCAUCAGAGCUUGUAACUACAGAGAUACCUGAAAUAGAAAAGGAACAGCCACCCCUACCUACCACACAAAGCCCCAUUGUACAAUUAGUGCAAGAGUAUGAAGAAGAGACAAGCCAGUCAACAGUAACCCUGCUGCCCAGUGAUGAGCAAGAGGAAGAGACGACCCCAUGGUUUGAGUCUGAGACACAAAUCUAUUGCUAUGACCUGGUGAACAUUUGCUGUAUUUCUAGCUUUUCAGAAUAUCUGUACCAAUGGUGUUCAGUUAUAGUAGCUCUUCAUCGGCAGCGUAGCAAAACUGAUGGCAAACAAGGAGGAGAAUACUCUGCUGUUGUUCAGUAUCCACAGUUAGUUCCAACAGAGUCUUUACAUGUUGCAGUAGAGGAACCUCUGCCUGAGAAAUUAGAUGGCAAAAUCAUGGAGAGAUUGCCUGGAUCUACAAUUGCAAAUGAUUUAAGUGUACUCCUUGAGGAUGUGAGUAAUCAGACUGUGGAUUCUAUUGAACUGGAACCCAGUCUUCCUCAAACUCUCUCUCAGUCUCUCCUCAUAGAAGUUACUUCAGAAGUUAAGCCAUUGCCUACAAUAGAAGUAUCUUUGGAGCCUACAAAACAAGAAGUAGGGCAGGGUGUGUCACCAGUAACUUCCCAAGAGGAUACUGUUGAGAUCAUUGAUGAAGCAGAAAAGAGAGUUGAUGGCUCCUUUACUGCUGAGAGACAUUCUGUGAUCUCUGAAACAAACACCGUCGCCGAAUUCCAGGAAACUAGUACAAAAGAUAUGACUCCUGUUCAGAUCAUCUCAAAGCCUACAGAGACUGUACCACGGCCUGAGCACACAACAACUGCAAUAUCUGUUACAAUAGGUAACAAUAUUGGAGAAGGAAAAGCAAGCACUUCAGACGCACAGAAGCAAGUUUUGCCUCCUGCUGAAUCUUCUGUUACAGCAGAAAUAAAAGAGGAUGAGCAGACACCUGAGGAAGCUUUCCUAGCAAUUCCUGUUUCUGGUGGACAGCAGAGAGCAGCAACAGACUUCUAUGCUGAAUUGCAGAAUUCUACAGAUCUAGGCUAUGCUAAUGGAAAUCUUGUUCAUGGAUCUAAUCAAAAGGAGUCUGUAUUCAUGCGGCUUAAUAAUCGUAUUAAAGCCCUAGAAGUAAAUAUGUCUCUCAGCAGCCGCUAUUUAGAAGAACUUAGUCAAAGGUACCGAAAGCAAAUGGAAGAAAUGCAGAAAGCUUUCAAUAAAACCAUAAUAAAACUUCAGAACACUUCACGAAUAGCAGAAGAGCAGGAUCAGCGGCAAACAGAAGCCAUCCAACUGCUACAGGUGCAGCUCAACAACAUGACUCAGCUAGUUUCCAAUCUGUCAACAACUGUAGCUGAACUAAAACGUGAGGUUUCUGAUCGACAGAGCUAUCUGGUGAUUGCUUUGGUUCUGUGUCUCAUCCUGGUUUUGAUCCUCUGUAUGCAGCGUUGCAGAAAUGCAUCUCAGUUCAAUGAAGAUUACCACUCAAAAAUUCCCCAAAGUAAUCAUUACCCUAGCCCCAAAAGAUGCUUUUCCUCCUAUGAUGAUAUGAAUCUGAAAAGAAGAACUUCUCUUCCACUUGUCAGAUCCCAGUCUUUUCAACUAACUGGCAAAGAAGUGGAUCCAGGCGACUUGUACAUUGUAGAACCCCUGAAAUUUUCACCAGAAAAAAAGAAAAAACGUUGCAAGUACAAAAGUGAAAAGAUUGAAACUAUCAAGCCAGCAGCAGAGCCUCUGCAUCCGAUAGCCAAUGGGGAGAUAAAAGGAGGGAAACCCUUUACGAACCAGAGAGACUUCUCUAAUAUUGGAGAGGUGUAUCACUCUUCAUACAAGGGACCUCCAUCAGAAGGAAGCUCAGAAACUUCAUCACAGUCUGAGGAGUCCUAUUUUUGUGGCAUUUCAGCUUGUACAAGUCUGUGCAAUGGACAAACCCAAAAGACAAAAACUGAGAAGAGGGCUUUAAAACGAAGAAGGUCAAAAGUACCAGACCAAGGGAAGCUUAUAAAAACUUUAAUACAGACUAAGUCGGGGUCAAUGCCAAGCCUUCAUGAUCUAAUCAAAGGAAACAAAGAUAUAACAGUGGGAACACUUGGUGUCACAACCGUUUCUGGACACGUCUAAAACUAGCUGAACAUUUUCAUCAGGAGAGUUUUGUUCAUCUGAACAGCCUGUGGUAUUCUGUGGGAGGAUGGUGGGAGACAAAGAACUCAACUAAUUGGAAAGUAUUCAGAAAUGAUGGUUUCUGCCUCUUGUACGUCAGUGGGAUUGUGUCCGUCAGUUACAAGCUGCAAUUUUGCAAAGCUGAUAGUUUCCUUUGUGGACAGCUUGGGGGGAGGGAGGAAGGGCUCAUUUUAUAAAGGGUUUUUUUCACAAUUCCUGGGGCAAAGAUUUUUUUGAAACCCAGUUUGGGUGGAAUAGGGAUAAAAGCCUAAUCCUCUUCCCUUUUAGCUUUGUUCCUAUUUCUUGCACCUUCCCAUAUUUAUGUGCCUUUUGUCUAUUUAUAAUGCCACUGGAAGCGGGGGCAACAGAACAAUUUGUUUGUCAUUUGAUUUCUUUUGUAAUUUCUCUAGCUUUUUUGAAGAUGCAACACUACAGUGCUGUAAAAGGAUGUGUUGGCCUUCAGCUGGACUCAGUAAAGUGGGUUAGAUAUUGUAGAAAUACUAAUAAGGUAGACUGGCUGAUUAGAUCUUUGUUUUGCAAACUCACUUGGGCAAGACAUCUUGUUACUUGAAGCCAUAACGUCAAAUUUCAGAGUUUCUUAAUUAAAAUGCAUUGUAGUAUUCGGGUGUAUUUAAAUGAAUGAGAAUUUCCCAACAAUUUCUGUGCUGUACAUUACAGGAUCUUGUAACAACAACCAUGCCUUUUUCCCCAGAUGGAAUUUUUUGUAACUCCUAAGAUUUAUUUUAGCCUCUUCAUUUCCUAUUUUAAUUCAGAAUAUGGCAACUUCAGGAUAUCUAGCCAACAAAAAUAUAAAAGUGACAGCAAAGUGUUGGAAAUGGCUGUCCUAAUCAGUCCUGGGUACAAAUGCAUCAGUGAGUUUGCCAGGCUUUGAAAUCUAACUGGUCAGGUCUGUUCAAAAGUGGAUAUUUCCCUAAAGUUUUGCUUUUGUAUUGGCUAACCAGUUGUGCAGUGUAUGUAUGUAUUUAGUACUUUCAUAUCUGAAUGUGUGAGUGUGUGUUGACAGUAAUUGUAUAUUUGGAUAAAAUAGGAUGUAUGGCUGCAUAAAAUUUUGUGAAUGUGAAUCUGAGUGAAUGGGACAAAAGGAUAUUCCUUUAUGAAAGUUGUUACAGGUUCAUGUUGUACAACUAAGUUAACUUAUUGAGCACUUUUAGUGAUACCUUUUUUUAAUGGAUCUAAUGCCUUUCCUGGGUAUUGUAUGUAAUGUGACUUAUUUAAGGCCUUUGUUUUUGCUGCUUUCAUGUUAGGUUUUGAAUACUUUAAGGUGAGGUACUUUCAAUGUCAAUCUGCACAAUUAGCCAGUCAGAGCACGUGGACCUGAUUUUUUAGAACAUGUAUUCAGAAGAGCUCCCAAUUGGAAUCAGGAAGAAGUUUUUAUACCAUCUGAGUGCAGCAUACAAUGUUGUGGAAGAAAGAGUAUGUAACUACAGAGCUGUAGUGCCAUUAGAAACUGUGAAUUUCCAAAUAAAUCUGAACAACUUGUCUUUA